AUGAACAUUUGGGAAGUGUGUUUAAUAGCCGAAGUGGACGUGAAGGUUCUAACAUGGGGUUCUUUCUUCCAAGAAGUGAAGAGGUUGUGUUACAUAGCAGGACCCACGAUUGCUGUGAUUCUAUCUCAGAACUUGUUGCGGGUCAGUUCAAUGAUGAUGGUUGGUCACCUGGGUGAGCUUGCUCUCUCUAGCUCCUCCCUAGCCCUCUCCCUCUCCGAGGUCACCGGCUUUAGUCUUUUUCUAGGAAUGGCUAGUACACUGGAAACUUUAUGUGGGCAAGCAUAUGGAGCUGAGCGAUAUCAGAAACUUGGACUUCAUACCUACACUGCGAUAUUUUCUCUCACCUUAGUUUGUCUUCCUUUAUCUUUGGUAUGGAUAUAUAUGGAGGAGUUACUGAUUCUCAUUGGUCAAGAUCCUGUAAUUUCUCGUGAAGCUGGCAAAUUCACAAUCUGGCUUCUUCCAGCUCUGUUCACCUUCGCCACCCUUCAACCACUCAUUAGAUACUUUCAGGCACAAAGUUUGAUAAUACCUAUGCUCAUAAGCUCUGUCACGACCCUUUUGUUCCAUAUUCCAAUCUGUUGGGUUCUAAAGUCUGGGCUGGAUCACCUUGGAGGGCCGUUAGCAAUCAGUAUUUCCUAUUGGCUGAAUGUGAUUUUACUUGGAUUAUACAUGAAGUUUUCUUCUGCCUGUUCAAAAACCCGAGCUCCAAUUUCUAAGGAGCUAUUUCAUGGAAUGGGAGAGUUCUUUCACUUUGCAAUCCCUUCUGCACGAAUUCUAUGCCUUGAGUGGUGGUCAUUUGAGCUGUUUAUCUUGCUGUCUGGGCUUUUACCAAAUCCAGCUCUUGAAACUUCAGUUCUGUCUGUAUGUCUCCAAACCAUUUCGACACUCUACGCAAUACCAUACGGGUUUGGUGCUGCAGCAAGCAAUGAGAAAGACAUCAUCGAUUAUGUUGUAACCAUGGCUCCUCUAGUUUGCCUACCUCAUGUACUAGACAGCUUUCAAGGGGUCCUUACAGGUGUUGCUAGAGGAAUUGGGUGGCAGCAUAUAGGGGCGUGCAUAAACCUUGAAGCAGUCUAUCUUUGUGGAAUUCCAGUUGCAGCAAUAUUGGCUUUCUGGGUGCAUUUUAGAGGAAUGGGACUCUGGAUUGGAAUACAAGUUGGCUCUUCGGUGCAAACCAUUUUGCUCUCUUUUGUAACAACUAGUACAAAUUGGGAAAAGCAGGCAAGCAAGGCAAGGGAGAGGAUAUUUGAGGGGAAGGAUUGUGUCAUUAAAGCAGAGGCUGACGAGCUUAAUAUUUCCUUACCAGUAGUAGUUUGA